AUGGAAAAUUUGGGCGAGUUCAGCUGUCCUGAUUGUAACAUGGUGUUUCGUUCCUUUGGCCUUUUGGAGAAACACAAGUCCCGGUUCUGUAUCGGCAGUGCCAUAGGAGACCCGAGGGAAUUGAUGAAAGGACGGGUGGAAAUAACUCAGCCCGAAAAGUUGGAUUUGAGGGCGUUACACCCCAGAAAGACAAAGACUCCUGAGUUAGUUCAUAUGAGAGAGCAGAGGGAUAAAUCACUAAGGCAGACUGAAAGCCUGGCUUUGAACAAACUCACUCAUGAGUUUCAUAAGCUGAGGAUGUCAGUUGAAGAGUGUCUGCCCAGAAGACAUACAGAGGGAAUGUAUCCAGGUAGAAAGUGUGCUGAUGGAGACCGGCUUAAAGAAGCGUGUGAACGCUAUGAGCAGAAGCUGGCCGAGAUCCGGGCACGUACCACCGAGCUGGAGGGACAGAGAAAGGAGAUUGAACAGCAAAUGGCCCUGGUUGGUCAUAAUGGAACGGCUCAUAUGACGGAGAUGCUGCAUGAGCUGAAAGAACAAGAAGAGAGGAACGCGGACGUUCUUUACCGACUCAGUUCUCAGAUUAAUGCAUUACAGGGGGUGAAAGAUAAUGUUGCUAAUGUUACAUCAGACCAGCUAGAAGACAGAAGGACACAAGAUCUCCCCUCUGACCUCGUCUCCUCUGCAGAUGGUCCACUCUCCAUCCAAAUAAGAUGUUUACAUCAGGCAUACAUACAGUCUGGCGGUUCGGAUCCAGAGGUUCUGGCGAACCUGCAUGACCUUCAGGCUGAGGCUCUCACACUGGAGCAGGGCAGAGCUGCAGAUGAGCACCGAACAAGGAAGAAAAGACGAAUGAAGUCAUCUCUUGCAGCUCUGGACUCUAGAAUAAUGGCAGUGGAGCAUGAGAACCAGCAGCUGGAGGAGAAAAUCCUUAAAUUGCAGGUAGACAGAGAAAGACGUCGAGGAAGAGCAGCCGGUUCAGAGCUCCAUAUGAUCCAGAUGAUGCAGGCCGACAUCUCCAAGCUGAGGAAAGAAUUGGAGAAAAGCAGCGACAGACAGACUCAGCCUCUUGCUCCAGAAUACAAAUCACAGGAGCAUUUGCCAAUGGAGAGAGACAUUUUAGACUCAGGGGACCCUCUUGGCCCUGCUCCUUAUGAUCCUGUGUCUGGAUUUGUGAUCUUCUAUGACAUCAUCCUUGGUGUGGAUGCCACGUUUAGAACAGUUCAUCUAGUAACCAGGCUGUACUCCGGGGGGCAAGAAAUCGGGCCGGCCACACCCCUGCCACCUGUCCACUGCCAGCCUGCUGGAGCUUUACAGAAUCCACUGAGGAGACAUGCUGGACAUGAUGCCUUACUAGCUUUUAAACAGCCUGUGCCCAGAGUGCAGCCGUCUCCAUCUCUCCACCUGGUAGUAGAAGUUCAGGUUGUUGGAGGACUUGAAUGGUGUGAUCAGGAGAUGCGAGGCUGGUCCAAACUGCAACUUUUUGACAACUACAAUCAGGUUCAGAGUGGAUUCUGGAAGCUUCCUUUCCGCUCUCUGCCUGUGAGGCCGUCACUCAGCCCAGACGAACUUAACUCUAUACCUCAGUUGGGUAACAUGGAGAUCUGCCUUCGCAUCGUUAAUGCUCGCGAUGGAGAUGUACAGUCGCUUGCUAAGAUCGAUCCUAACAAGACCAGGCAUUACAAAUUCCUGUCAAUGAUCAUCUCACACUCAAACACUAAUUUGGAAGAACCGACAUCCCAGCAGAAAUCAUUACGACUUUCAUCUAAUCCUUGUCUUUCAUCAUUGCCCCAGACUGAUCAUGUGAUUCCACCCACUAAGGACACCGGGAAGGAAAAUGAGAGAUGA